ACGGCCAGAACCAGUCAGCCCGCGCCCUGCCGGCCGCCCCGCGCCUCCAGCUCUUCCCCGGCCCCGCCCGAACGCCACACGGCGGAGUCCAGCCCCAGCCCGCGCCCCAGAGCCUGCCAAGGCGGCGGCGGUCGGGGGCCGGCAGGGCGCAAGGCACCAGGGAUCCCCUCGCCGCCGGACACAGCCUCGGCGUGCCCCCAGGACUGCUAAAGUUCCACUCGCCAGCCGCAUCCAUGCUUCUGGCGCGGAUGAACCCGCAGGUGCAGCCCGAGAACAGCGGGGCGGACGCGGGUCCAGAGCAGCCCCUUCGGGCGCGCAAAACUGCGGAGCUGCUGGUGGUGAAGGAGCGCAACGGCGUCCAGUGCCUCCUGGCGCCCCGCGACGGCGACGCGCAGCCCCGGGAGACCUGGGGCAAGAAGAUCGACUUCCUGCUGUCCGUAGUCGGCUUCGCAGUGGACCUGGCCAACGUGUGGCGCUUCCCCUACCUCUGCUACAAGAACGGCGGCGGUGCCUUCUUGAUCCCGUACACACUGUUCCUUAUCAUCGCGGGGAUGCCCCUGUUCUACAUGGAGUUGGCUCUGGGACAGUACAACCGGGAGGGGGCUGCCACCGUGUGGAAAAUCUGCCCAUUCUUCAAAGGCGUUGGCUAUGCUGUCAUCCUGAUCGCCCUGUACGUUGGCUUCUACUACAACGUCAUCAUCGCCUGGUCACUCUACUACCUCUUCUCCUCCUUCACCCUCAACCUGCCCUGGACCGACUGUGGCCACACCUGGAACAGCCCCAACUGUACCGACCCCAAGCUCCUCAAUGGCUCCGUGCUUGGCAACCACACCAAGUACUCCAAGUACAAGUUCACGCCAGCAGCCGAGUUUUAUGAGCGUGGUGUCCUGCACCUUCACGAGAGCAGUGGGAUUCAUGACAUCGGCCUUCCCCAAUGGCAGCUCUUGCUCUGUCUGAUGGUCGUCGUCAUCAUCUUGUAUUUUAGCCUCUGGAAAGGGGUGAAGACAUCAGGAAAGGUGGUGUGGAUCACAGCCACGCUGCCUUACUUCGUGCUGUUCGUGCUCCUGGUCCAUGGUGUCACGCUGCCCGGAGCCUCCAACGGCAUCAAUGCCUACCUGCACAUCGACUUCUACCGCUUGAAAGAGGCCACGGUAUGGAUUGAUGCCGCAACUCAGAUAUUUUUUUCCUUGGGGGCUGGAUUUGGAGUGUUGAUUGCAUUUGCCAGUUACAACAAAUUUGACAACAACUGUUACAGGGAUGCCCUGCUGACCAGCAGCAUCAACUGCAUCACCAGCUUUGUCUCUGGGUUCGCCAUCUUCUCCAUCCUUGGUUACAUGGCCCAUGAACACAAGGUCAACAUUGAGGAUGUGGCCACAGAAGGAGCUGGCUUAGUGUUCAUCCUGUAUCCAGAGGCCAUUUCUACCCUGUCUGGAUCUACAUUCUGGGCUGUUGUGUUUUUCGUCAUGCUCCUGGCGCUGGGCCUUGACAGCUCAAUGGGAGGCAUGGAGGCUAUCAUCACAGGCCUGGCAGACGACUUCCAGGUCCUGAAGCGACACCGGAAACUGUUUACAUUUGGCGUCACCUUCAGCACCUUCCUUCUCGCCCUGUUCUGCAUAACCAAGGGUGGAAUUUAUGUGCUGACCCUCCUGGACACCUUUGCUGCGGGCACCUCCAUCCUUUUUGCUGUCCUCAUGGAAGCCAUCGGAGUUUCCUGGUUUUAUGGAGUGGACAGGUUCAGCAACGACAUCCAGCAGAUGAUGGGAUUCAGGCCGGGUCUAUACUGGAGACUGUGCUGGAAGUUCGUCAGUCCUGCCUUCCUCCUGUUCGUGGUUGUUGUCAGCAUCAUCAACUUCAAGCCACUCACCUACGACGACUACAUCUUCCCGCCCUGGGCCAACUGGGUGGGGUGGGGCAUCGCCCUGUCCUCCAUGGUCCUGGUGCCCAUCUACGUCAUCUAUAAGUUCCUCAGCACGCAGGGCUCUCUUUGGGAGAGACUGGCCUAUGGCAUCACGCCAGAGAACGAGCACCACCUGGUGGCUCAGAGGGACGUCAGACAAUUCCAGUUGCAACAUUGGCUGGCCAUCUGAGCCUGCCUGGAGGAGGAGGAGGAGGAACCCCCAUGCCAAUGUCCAGGUCACAAGCCUCCGCUUCGUUCCCACCCCGGACACCAUCUUGGGAUUCCUCCCCUGGAAGUUGUCCUUUCUGAUCCUCUCUUCUUUUCCCAAUUACAAAUGAUUUCGUGACUGUAGUUUUUGUUCACCUUCUGUGCAUCUGGCCUGGGGGCUGUUAGCUCAGAGGAGAGGAGCAAACAGGAAAAUGACUUCUGUUCUGUCCCGUUGUUUUGGGGGAAGUCUCUCCCACUUUGGGAUCCUGCCGAAGCCGGGUUCAUGAGGUCGGAAACCCCCACCACAUUUGCCUAGAGUUUGGACACAGGAGUUCUUAGUCCACCAAAUCAGAGAGAGGAUGGGCUUUUGAUCAGAUACCCCCCCCAAAAAACAAAAACAAAAACAAAAGCAAAAAUCAAACAAAAUCCGGCUGAGUUUAGUGGGGUGGUUGGGGAAGGUACAUAGACCCUCCUCUUGCCCACCCCAGACAGCCCUCUCAUGUCUGAGCCUCAGCCUGGGAGUUAGAUUUAUUUGUCCCUAAAAUGAAGUCAGUGGAUAGAUGCUUUAAGGGAUUUUGAGUAGAAACAUUCAUAGUUAAUUUUCACUCUGGCCAAUCUGAGCUUGAUGUGUGUGUUCUGGAACAUUCCUCCAGCUUUUGGUGGUCAGAUGGCCCAGAGCUAUGGGGGCCAGAAGGAAGAGGGUAAAUGAACCAUAGUGAGCAGGUUCUAGGAGGUACCUACAUCAGACAAGCUGUGGAGGCCACGUGGCAAGCCACAUCUACUGAGGCUUCAUGCUGCUCUUGCUCUGAAAGACACGGAGCCCAGAAACCCAUCUGCACUUCCUGAGACCUGCCUGGGGAAACGGGGGCAGGGACCAAGUGAGGCCGCAUAUGUGCCUUCACCGUGCUGUCCUCACAAGGCCAGGUGGGUGCCCAAAGGGAGCCUGACAGGCUGUUGUGUUAAUUUAUUGUUCUUGGACACCUGCACAGCCUCCCUCUGGGAAUCCCACCUGGAGUGGACCGGGGGCCUUGAGAAAUGGAGAGUUGGCUGCAAAAACUCUCAUGCACUAGAUGUGGCACCUUGGAGGCAGAGUGAGACGAGCAGCCCAGAAAUACUCUCUCAAGUGGAGGGGAGAAUUUCGAGAGUGGAUGGGACAGUUUGGUGGUUUCAGAGAACGUCUAGGUUUCUACUUGGAUCUACUUCUGAUACAAACUUGCACUUGGUGCCCUCUGGUGGUGGUUAGUUUUAGUUCCGUAAGAGAAAUGAUUCCUAGUUUGCUAAAUUAUUGGCAUCUUUGCGUGGGGUUUCUGUUUAUGGUUAGAGUCUCUUACACCCUUGUUGGAGGGAUUCUUAUUCUGACUGUGGGAGCUCCUGUUGCAGGAUCUUGGGAAAAAAUAAAGAAGCCGCUGCACUCGAACUUCAAGAAGGUGCUUUGCCUCAAAUUGGGGUGUCAUUGAGCCUGGUGGCUCCUGCACGAAGAGGAUUAUGAGGGGACCAGGGUGGGGCAGGGAGAUGGUUUUGUCUCCCAGGGUUCUGAGGUUUCCUUGCUGGGUCGGGGUCCUCAGGUCAUUCUAUAGAGAAAAGAGGGAAAAUCGGGAGACUUUGAAUCUUUCCGCAUAAAAACAUCAGCUGAAUGCCUGAGACAGCCCAGGUGGCAGGUGUCUUGGAGCCCUGUGAACAGUGAGGCUUAAGAAUGGAGGAGAACAAUCAGGUCGGGGUCUGGGCCCCAUUAGUAACUUUGAAUCCUCCCAUAAAAGGUAACUUCUUCCUAGGUGUUACCAUUUUUCUUUUCUUUUCUUUUCUUUUCUUUUUUUUUUUUUUUUUUUUUGUAAUAAAGCAAUUUUAUGCACAUUACCUGCCAUCUGCCCAGUGAGGACUGCAGGGCUAUAGCUUCUAUCUCCCCGUUUGCCAGGUGAGAAAACCAAGGCCUAGCAUUUUAGUCACUCUUGCUCAAGGUAUUUUAGCAACUAAGAGAUCGAGUUGGACCUUCAAUUCACAUCCGCUGUCUCUCAGCCCAGAUUAUUUUGAAAUUCCCUGCACAAUAUGGUUCACCCCACCCAGGGCUGUCAUUUUUAAAAGACUCAUUCAAACAGCAAAGGAAAAUUUCUUAGCAAAAGAACAAUGUGUUGGAGGAUGGGAAGGGGCUAGAGAAUGCAAUUUAUUUUCCUCUAGCUGGUUUCCAGUGAGGAAAUUAUUUAGCUGCUCUUUUUUUGGUGAAAAUAAUCACUCUUUGGAACAGUUGGAUGUGAAAAGCUGAGUCUACUUGGUUGAAAUGAGAGCAAACAGUCAGCAAAGCCUUGUGCAUUAGAGCAGGGGCAUGCUUCCGAGAGAGCCUGCCAUUUCCUCUUUGCCAUCUGCAUGUGGCCCCUUCUGCCUCCAGACAUUUGUCCCGGAGUGAAUCGGAGAUGUGGUGCUAGCUGAACCAACACCAAACCAACGCAAUGGUGCUGCCUUGCAGCGGAAGUUGGCUCCUGAAUCUGGAGUGGGAACCUGGCUCCAAGCCUGGGUCCCCUGGGAGGGUGGGGGGGUACCAGAAAGCCCUUGGGAGUUCUCGGGGAGGUGUUUGGAGACCAUUUGGGUUUACCUUUCCACCCACAUGUAAUGGAGAGAGAGUAUGGUCUUUAUGUUAAGUCAUCUUUGACUUCCUUUUUGUAGCUUGUUUUUAAUAGCAGAGGUCACCCGGGACAAGGGUGCUGUGUACUGUAUAUGACACUUGACACUUUUGAUAUUUUGUCAGGUUUUUAAAGAAUUAUUAUUUUUCAUGAAAUGUAAAAUAUCAGUUUGAGAACAUCACAUUUACAUCUACUCAAUGUCUAGUUAUUUAGCACCCACCUUUUAGCCUUCAUUCUAGAUGAAAAUGAGACAAGGGAGAAGGAGAGCUACCAACUCUUGCCAGAUAUCCUGCUGAACAGAAAUCCCCGAAGCUGCCUUAAUUCUCAAAGGGAGUUACCACUCAGAUGGGAGCCAGCUCCUGCUAUAUGAUCUGUUUUCCAGCCUUGCUAAUGUGAGACUGAAGCAUUCUUACCAAAGAAAUCAUUUCUUAGUAAAGAAGCCCAUUGAACUCACUUUAUUUGUUUAUUUCCUUCGAAAGCCACAGAAGAGAGAAAAACAGAGAAGGUGUGUAGUGUGGCGGAAAAAGCACAGCAUAUAGUUUUACAGACUUGGGUCUGCAGCUGACUAGCUGGGUGGCCUGGGGAUAGUGGCUUCAUCUUUUGGGGCUUCAAGAUUCUUUGUCUUUAAAAUCAGGGGUUAUAUCAGAUCAUCAAAGUUCCCAUUCCAUUAAAGAAAACCCUGCAUAUAUCCAUAAUGAUGCUCUCCUGUUAAAUUUACAAUGAAGGAAACACAUCACUUAACUGUAAGAAUUUUCCAAAAUGAACUGAUGACCAGUGAUCUCUCUAUCAGAGAAAUGUCAGAUUUCUAGCCUCCAGAACUUUGAUUUUUCUGAACAGUCAAUAGUUCCUCUUUCUCAGAUAUUUUUCAACUGAUGCCAGAAACACUUGGUAUUUGUUUUUAAUCCAACCCUUUUGUUUUGAGGCUUUGGAGGGUAACACGUUGUCAUACCCUGUGAGUCCCAGGAUCCACAGCUCUGCUGUGGUCUCAGAAGCCACUGAAACAUUGGUGAAUGUGACGUCACUUUUGGGGUGCCUGCCCUCAUCCCUCUGUCUCUCUGCUUCCGUGUAAAUAAAGACUAUUUCAGUUGUGUCCUCUCUGUGUCAUGGACUGUUCCAAUGUCAUGCAGAUUUCUGUGUAUGAUUUGGAUUUAUUUUAAAAGUUGUUCUCCUCGUGGAAUGUAAGUGUACAGAAUAAUAAAGAAUGUUUCCUGGGCUAUGUA